GACAAAGCUCUCUGAAUGUUGGCUAUAAGGUCAAGAUGUAUUUUCAGUCAUUUGUUCAGUGUCAGUGAUAAAAGAAGCUAUAUGAGUGCAUUUCAUUUGAAAGACUGUGGACAAAAGUAGUAGAAAGUAGCAUGUGGAUUUGUGCAAGUACUGAAUUGAAACCCACAAAUAUUCAGUUUGUAUCUAAAUCCUAAACGAAGCGUGUAUUCACCGCAAAUAUAUGUAAGUCAAAUUGCGGUGACAAUAUCUGCUAAAGCUCAAAGAUGUUGAAUGUUUUGCGAUGGAUUAUGGUGUUUUUUACUGUACUUGUUGCCUGUGUUUCAACUCUUCUUGCAGCACUAGAUUGUGUUAGAUGUGUGUUUGGGGGUUAUAAUCAGAUAGUAGUUUCUUGUGGUUACCUCCUGGCUUGAACUGACCAUCUUUGUCACUCUCUUAUUUCUCACUGUCUCUUUCUUACACACACAAUUUCUUGCAUGUAUCACUUAUCUGUCAGGAAACAUCGGGAAAGACAGCAUCUUGACAGGUUCCUGUUCAAGCGCGUAUUUCAUGAUAUGGCUGCUAAGUCAUAAAUAGUGAACAUCACCCAACAAAAUAACCACUUGAAUUCUACACACUCAUUAGUGUCUAUAACUUAUUUAAUUCGGGAUUUUAAUUUUUUGGAAGAUGUUGCACUGGCUUACAUGCACUAUGGUGGUGAGACAGCUGGCAACAUUUAGAAGUUACAAAGGUCACUUGGUCAUCACUCUGAUAGCCACCCAUGUCAGAAAGGGCGAGCAAAUAUUCAAAUGUGUGUCAUCUUGUGAUUAGAUCAUAAAACGCUUAUUUUAAGGAUACAUUGUGGCUACUCUCAGCUCUUGCUGGGAGGUUUCCAAUUUCAAUUUCAUCAAGGGUCAAAUGUAUAGAUAUGGUAUGCAGAAUUUCACAACCCAAGAACAAACAACUGAGGCAUAAGAAAGUGCAAAGUCUUAAUGUGAUGUGUUGUGAUGCUGAACUGAUGUGUAACAGCAUAUAUCACAAGUAUGUUGCAAACGUUUUAAAUGUGCUCAUGAAAGAUAACACUUGAGAGAGAGCUAUUGUCAGGUUCAAGUGCUGCAGGGCCACUGUGUUUCUUCUCCCUACAUAUUGCAGUAUAACACUGACGCAACUUCCCCAAGAGUUUGUCUGUGUCAGCCACUAUGAGUCAACUCCCUUCAAAAGAGACAAAAAAAUCUCCUUUUGGUAGCCAUGAUGUGGUAGAAUAUAGAAGCACAUUCUCAGUCCAGUGGCUCCAGUUGACAGGAUAAAAAAGAGAGAGGGGGCGGCGGUAUGUCAGUUUUUUUUGAUUAUCCACAGUUUUUAUUGACCUCCACUCAUCUUAGUGACGUGAGAAAACAUUAGGCGGUGAUGAAUGAGGAAUGAAUAAACAGUGAAGUUUCAUAGAAUAGGGAACAACACUGUCUGUGCAUGAUGGCACAAACAAAACCAAUAGGUACUGUCAGUCUUGUGUGAAGAAAUGUGUCACUCCUGGUUAGCACGGAGCAAGAGAAACGUAUGGUAGAGUUAAAGUUCAGAUGAUAUAAGGAAGUGCUCGCAAGCUGAAAAUAGGCUGAGCUGAAGUGCAAACACAUCUGAUAGAGACUAACAGACAAAGAGCAUUAAGCUGCUUGACGACGAUUAAUCCUGACGGAAUCAUGUCAGACAUUAUACUUGAAGAAAUCUUCAUUAAACGAUCUCAGCAGAAGAAGAAGACCUCCCCUUUGAACUACAAGGAGAGAUGGUUUUUGCUCACCCAGGAAAAAAUAUCCUACUAUGAUUUUGAUUCUGACAAAGGGAAGCGAAAAGGACUGAGAGGAUCAAUUGACCUUGAGAAGAUCAAGUGUGUAGAGACGGUCCAGCCGGAGCCCAAUGCCCCACAAGAGCGCAUGUUUGCCUUCCAGAUCAUUUAUGAUGAGGGGCCGCUGUACAUCUUUGCAAAGUCUGAGAAUGUUCGGGCUCAGUGGAUAAAGAAACUGAAAGAAAUGGUGCGCUUCAACAAGGAUCUCAUGCAGAAGUACCAUCCUUGUUCCUGGAUGGAUGGGGUGUGGCUGUGCUGCCACCAGGAAGUUAAACAGGCCAUGGGUUGCAAGGUGCUGGAUAGUAAAAAUGGAUUUGCAUCUAAGACAUCUCAGCGAAGGUUAUCGAGGAAACCUCUUCCUCCGACCCCAACAGAGGAGAAGCAUGUUCGGCCUUUACCUCCACAGCCUCCUGAGCUAAAAGGCCCGUCUGUCGGCAUGAAUGUCAUCGCAGAGUACACCUACACACCAAUGACACCCCAGGACCUGGAGUUGAGGAGGGAUGAAGAAUACACCAUCCUGGAGAUAUCUGAUCCAAACUGGUGGAGAGCCAGAGACAAAUAUGGAAAGGAAGGAUAUAUACCUAGUAAUUAUGUUGUGGAAGCGGAAAAUGGACUAGAGAGAUUUGACUGGUAUUGCAAGAAUAUGAACCGCAGCCAGGCAGAAAAGCUGUUAAAGACUGAGAACAAAGACGGAGGCUUUCUGGUUCGGGAUUCAAGCAAGGCCGGGAAAUACACCGUGUCUUUGUUCAGUAAGGUUGGCGGAGAAACCGGUGGAAGCUGCAGACAUUAUAACAUCUGCACAUCCUCACAGGGCCAGUUUUACCUGGCAGAGAAGCAUAAUUUCAACACAAUUCCAGAUCUCAUCAACUACCAUCAGCACAACGCAGCAGGUUUGGUUAGCAGACUGAAAUACAUUGUAUCUAACCGGGCACGACCUCCAUCAACAGCAGGGCUUGGCUAUGGUGUGUGGGAGAUCGAUCCCCGUUAUCUCACCUUCAUCAAAGAGCUGGGCACUGGUCAGUUUGGAGUGGUAAAGUAUGGAAAGUGGCAGGGCCAGCAUGAUGUUGCCAUUAAGAUGAUUAAGGAAGGCUCCAUGUCUGAAGAUGAUUUCAUAGAAGAAGCCAAAAUCAUGAUGAAGCUUCGACAUGAGAACCUAGUCCAGCUGUACGGCGUGUGCACCAAACAAAGACCCAUUUAUAUAGUGACUGAGUUCCUUUCCAAUGGCUGCCUGCUGACGUACCUAAGGGAGGGCCUGAAGCAGCACCCGACUACUGUCCAGCUCCUAGAGAUGUGCAAAGACGUCUCUGAAGGCAUGGCCUACCUUGAGAUGAAGCAGUACAUCCACAGAGACCUGGCUGCCAGGAACUGUUUAGUAGAUGGCAAUGGCACUGUCAAAGUGACUGACUUUGGACUUUCAAGGUAUGUCUUAGAUGAUGAGUACACAAGCUCGGCAGGUUCCAAGUUUCCUGUUCGCUGGUCACCUCCCGAGGUCCUCCUCUACUGCAAAUUCAGCAGCAAGUCAGACAUAUGGGCAUAUGGGGUUCUAAUGUGGGAGGUGUACACUUUGGGACGGCUUCCAUAUGAACGCCUUAACAACACAGAAAUAGUGGAACAGGUGUCCAGGGGUCUGCGCCUCUUUCGCCCCCAGCUGGCCAAUGAAAAGGUCUACAGCAUUAUGACAAGCUGUUGGUUGGAUAAACCAGAUGAGAGACCCAGCUUUGAGGAGCUGGCAGGGACUGUUCAGGAUUUGCUGUAUGAGCUCCAGUAGAUCUUAAAGUCAUCCAUACCAGCAUACAAACAGCAGCUCCCUCUGAUCUCCACAGGGUAACAUCGCUGUAUGUCCCUGGAAGGUUAACACAAUCAUUAAAACGGUUCAGAGUUUGAACGCAGGACUGCACAGCCACACAGAGGGCCCCUGUAAUGUGAAUAUGUGUAAUAUGAAUGCCACUAUAACUCUUAGAUUAGAAUAGCCUUCCUGUCACAUUACUGGAAGUAUAGUCCUACAUUUAAAUUGUGUAUAUUUUAGACUGUUGGAUUUAAAAAAAAUAUUGGAUCUGUCUUUAUUUUACUCUGUGUAUUGUUUUUUUUUUUUGUGGAAUCAUUGUGAAAUGUAGACAUAUUACCAUGUGGAAACAAGCUCUGUGAAAACAUAUCUAUUGCACAAAUAAAAGCCAAGUAUGCCAGG